AUGCAUUCCUCGGUGGUGCGCAUUCAAAAUGUCUUUGGAUUUUUCACAACAGUGGCAUUUGUCGUCGCGGCUUUGAUCGCAUGUACAGAUCUCAUUUCACCAAGGACACCUAGCGCUAGAGUUGAUGUUAAGGAUAUUCAAGUUGUAAAAGGACGUCCACACUAUUACUCUACAAAAAAAGAAGAAUACGCACAUAUUCGUUUCUCCCUUGACGCAGAUUUCUCCUCCCUCUUCAAUUGGAAUACCAAACAAUUAUUCGUCUACGUAUCCGCAUCAUGGCCUUCCAAUUCUUCAGAACCGACAAUUUUAGAUAAUGAGGCUGUUAUUUGGGAUACAAUUAUUACGAAUCCGAGCGCAGAUCAUUUGCAGAAUAUUGGGCCGGCUGCAAUGAAGAAAUUGGUUAAGAGUUCUAAAGGAAAGAGUAUUGAUCCUUCGAGAGGUAUCCUCAAACUAAAAAAUCAAAAAGCUAAAUACCAAAUCACCCAACCGAGUGGGAAACUCGCAUCAACACAAGGAGUAGUGUUGAAAGUUCAUUAUAAUGUGCAGCCAUGGGUUGGAGCACUCACUUGGACUCCACAGGUAGAGUUUUUGAAAUGGAAGAUGGUUAAGGGAGGUGUGAGUAAGGUAUUUGGAUUACCCGCGCUGAAGGAAAAGAAAAAGGCUACGGAGGAGACAACUAAGAAAGCUGAGAGGGUUUAG